AUGUCUAAAGGUAACCGGAAUCAUCUGGACAAACUCCAAAUGCAGCGCCUGGAAGAUAUGUGUAUUGUUAUUGAUGAAAAUGAUUCAGUGAUUGGUUCAGAGACCAAGUGGAAUUGCCAUCUGAAUGAAAAUAUUGAAAAAGGAUUAUUGCACCGGGGUUUUGCUGUUGUAUUAUUCAAUACACAAAACAAGCUAUUGUUGCAGCAGAGAUCUGAUUCUAAAAAUAUUUGUCCAGGGAUGUUUUCUGACAGUUGUUCUAGUCAUCCAUUAUAUGAACCACUGGAAAUGGAAGAAACUAAUGCCCUUGGAAUACGGCGUGCAGCUCAGAGGAGCUUACAUGCUGAAUUAGGAAUUCCCCUGGAGGAGAUACCCCUUGAGGAUAUUAAUUUUGUAGUAAGAUUAUACUACAAGAUUAAAUUAGAUGAGUUUUGUGGAGAACAUGAAAUUGGUUAUCUUCUGUGUGUAAGGAAGAAUGUCACUUUGAAUCCAGAUCCCAGAGAGGUGAAAGGUUACCGUUAUGUUACAAAGGAAGAACUGGAAAAACUCUUGGAAGAAGGAGCCAAAAGUGAAGAUAAGGUUUCCGGAUGGUUCAGAAUAAUUGCAGAGACUAUUUUGCUUAAGUGGUGGGAUAAAUUACCUAAUAUAACUCUUGACCCUAAGAAAAUAUACAGAUUAUCAGACUUUGAGUGA